AUGAUAAUUGAUACAACGAAAGUCCAAGAUAUAAACUCCUUUUCCGGAUUGGAAUCUUUCAAAGAGGUCUAUGGAAUUCUAUGGAUACUUGUACCAAUUUUGAUUCUUGUCUUGGGAAUCACACUAAGUGUACUAGCAAUUGUAUGGUUAGAAAGAGAAAUAUCUGCAGGGGUACAACAGCGUAUUGGACCUGAAUAUGCUGGUCCUUUUGGAAUUCUUCAAGCUCUAGCAGACGGAACAAAACUACUAUUCAAAGAGAAUCUUAUUCCAUCUAGGGGAGAUAUUCGUUUAUUCAGAUCUGGAACAAAUUAUCCUGCUAUUAUCAGUUCUGAGCUAAAUGCAAUAGAUGAGGAAAAGUUGAUACAGGUACUAAAGAAACAUAAAAGUGCUAUUGGGUGGACUAUUGAGGAUUUAAAAGCCCCGGAAGAUCAGGAAAAAACUGCAUUUACAUGUCCUUAUGGUAUUUUCGCUUACAGACGGAUGCCAUUUGGGCUAUGCAAUGCCCCAGCUACUUUUCAGAGGUGUAUGACAUCUAUAUUCUCCGACAUGCUUGAAAAGUAUAUGGAGGUGUUUAUGGAUGAAUUCUCUGUGUUUGGUUCUUCUUUUGAUAAUUGUUUAGCUAACUUGUCUCUUGUUUUGCAAAGAUGUCAGGAAACUAACCUUAUUCUCAAUUGGGAGAAAUGUCAUUUCAUGGUGCAGGAAGGAAUUGUGCUAGGUUUUUAUCGCAGGUUUAUCAGGGACUUCUCAAAAGUGGCCAAAUCAUUGACUGAUUUGCUAGUCAAGGACAAGCAAUUUAAUUUUGAUAAAAACUGCAUGGUAGCUUUCGAAACUUUAAAGAGUAAGUUGAUCAGUGCACCUGUUGUAAUCGCCCCCGAUUGGUCCUUGCCUUUCGAAAUAAUGUGUGAUGCAAGUGACCUUGCUGUGGGGGCUGUCCUAGGACAGAGAAAGGACAAAUUAUUGCAUGUGAUUUAUUAUGCUAGUCAUGUCCUUAACCCGGCCCAAAUGAAUUAUGCAACUACCGAAAAGGAGUUGUUGGCCGUGGUUUAUGCUUUUGACAAAUUUAGGUCGUAUUUGCUUGGUUCAAAAGUUAUUGUGUAUACUGAUCAUGCUGCUUUAAAGUAUUUGUUUGCUAAGCAGGAAUUAAAACCGAGACUUUUGAGAUGGAUCCUCCUCCUUCAGGAGUUUGAUUUGGAAAUCAAAGACAAAAAGGGGUGCGAGAACACGGUCGCGGACCACUUAUCUCGCAUGUCCCCAAUCAAAGAAACGGAGGAGGAACAUCCUAUUCAGGACACAUUCGCUGAUGAGAAAAUACUUGCUGUUCAGGAGAUACCAUGGUUUGCUGACUAUGCCAACUAUGUGGUAGGUGGGGUUAUACCUGAUGACUUUAAUUCUCACCAAAAGAAAAAGUUUCUUUAUGAUUUGGAGCUGUUUGAUGUUUGGGGUAUUGAUUUUAUGGGACCGUUUCCGCCAUCAUCUGGUAAGAAUUACAUAUUGGUUGCAGUCGAUUAUGUGUCAAAGUGGGUAGAGGCUGUGGCAUUACCAACAAAUGAUGCUAAAGUGGUGGUGAAGUUCUUGAGGCAUAACAUCUUCUCUAGGUUUGGGGUACCACGGGCUUUAAUUAGUGACCAAGGUACGCAUUUUAUAAAUAAACUCUUGGAGAAUCUGUUGAAGAAGUAUAAUGUCAAACAUAAGAUAGCCACACCAUAUCACCCCAAGACGAGUGGGCAAGUGGAAGUAUCCAACCCUCAAAUAAAGCAGAUCUUAGAAAAGACAGUAAGUGCUUCUCGGAAAGAUUGGUCAGUAAAGUUGGAUGAUGCAUUGUGGGCAUACAGGACUGCAUUUAAAACACCAAUAGGUAUGUCCCCCUAUCAAUUAGUUUACGGUAAGGCUUGUCAUUUACCACUCGAACUCGAGCACAGAGCCUUCUGGGCCUCCAAAUUCCUCAACUGUGAUCUUUUCAAAGCUGGUGAAUCCCGAAUUCUUCAACUUCAUGAGUUGGAAGAAUUCAGGAAUCAAGCUUAUGAAAAUGCCAAAAUUUACAAAGAACAAACAAAAAAGUGGCAUGAUCAAAAGAUCCAGAAGAGGGAAUUUCGGGAGGGACAACUUGUACUGCUGUUUAAUUCCAGGCUACAGAUCCAUAUCAUGUCUCAAUCACCAAACGAGGUCAACCAAUUCCGUACCACAUACCAUGAAGAUAGAUAUGAGCAAAUCAAGAGUCGAAGCAUGGUCGAAGAAAAACACUGGAUGUAUCAGAAUGAUACGUUUCCAGAGGUCACUAAUAUUCUCAAGAAGCAGAAGUUAAUCUACUUCAAUGACAAAAUCCAACCGGUUUCACUUGAUCUGAUCUGGGAGUUCUACGCUAAUGCACUACGGGUAACAUCUGAUGAAGAAGACCCCACAGGGAAUGCAGCGUUCGUUUCAUGGGUAAGGGGCAAAGUAAUCAAAUAUGAUGGGAAGACGAUUAACAGUGUGCUAAAAUGCAAAUUCUAUGAUUCUGUUUGCCCGUUUACCGAAAUGAAACGGUCUGACAAGAACUACUGGCCAUACACUGAUAUGAAAAACUCACUGAUUAGGCCAGGUCAUGAUUGGGCACCCACUUCAAAAAUCUCUCCGGCGAAGAUUAUGGUAGUUGAUCUAGCUCUGAUUCCUAAGGCAUUGGCAUAUUUCAUUCAUCAUAAUUUGAGCACUAAUCGGAGCGGGUCGGAAUUGAUAUCAGAGCGUGCCCUACUUCUUCAUCAGAUCCUGCAUCAGAAACAAGUGAAUAUUGGACAGAUCAUCGCUGCUGAUAUGGAUGACAUCGCUCAGUCGCCAAAGAAAUCCUUAGGCCAUGCGACUGUGAUUUACCUGUUGUGCAAGAAAGCUGGGGUUCCGGAUUUCUCUGAUUCACUGAUGUUGCGACCGGCUGCACCGCUGAACGCCCAUUGGAUGAAGGAGAGGACGGUCACAGAUGAUCCGCCCCGACCUCUGAGGCGACCACGAGACAGGGAGGGAAGCACCAGUGCUCCGCACCAGGAGGCUCAGCCGACUGCAGCAGAGACACAGCCACCUCAGCCUCCUCCGAUUGAUGAGAACUCCAGAGAGUACCGGAUGCAGAUGUCACAGUUUUGUGUUAUGCAGGACUUCUGCUUUCAGUAUGGACUGUCAGGGAGAGUGCUUACUCAUCAGACAGAUCUUUGGGAGGAGGUACAGCGCUUUAGAGAUAGAUUCUCCGGACCGCCUCCAGCACCUCACUUCGGCCAGUUCACCUUUCCUUGGUGGAACCAGCCAGUUCAGAUAGGGGGAGAGAUUCCGCAGCAGCCACCGCACCAGACACCACCUCAGCAGCAGCAUACUCCGUCGGGUCACACAGAGACGUUGACGCCUAUCUCUGCCUUCGCACGAGGGCACACUAUGUUGGAUCCGACAGAUGAGAUUGACUUUGAUACCCAUAUGCAGGACGGUGGACUGGGUGAUUGA